GUCUCCAGGUAGCACUGCGCACCGGACUGGAAACUUCCUCCAUGCUCUGUGCACCACUCUCAUCCCAGCAGCGGAUCCAUUCUUCCCUGCUCUGCGCUGCCGCACGCCGCACGGACGACAACCACCCUCGCACGCCUGGCUCUGGCCCAGCUCAUCACCGGGCGCCACCGCAAACCAUGUCAUAAAUGGAGUUGGAUGGGAAUCGUACAGUAAUCGCCCGACCAGGACGACGACGACGACCGACGACGACGAGACGACGACGACCCUCUGUGGGCUCUGUUGUUGUUCUUGUCUCAUCGGCUCCGGCUUUCGUCUCCCCCCCGCCGCCGCCUCCUGGCCUGCAGUAGCGGAACCACACAGAAUAAAUACGUCGCGUAGCUUCAUGUGCCAGCAUCAUGGACGCCGACGCCAGCGCUGCGGAGCCCGCUGCCGCUGAUGUUCACGAUCAUCACCACCUGGACCACAUCCCGGCUCUCUUCACUACUGUGGCUCGGUCGGCGUCUCUGGACGAGGGUGCUACGGCAGGCACGGCGGAGGAUCCGCAGAUGAAUUUAGUAGACUCUGCUCUACCCAAUCUGCUUAACCCACAACCCAACCAGCAUGCUGUCAACGCGAAUAAUGCCAACGCAUCGUCACCGUCCUUGCCUCGCCCGCACAACACCCGAUUUCAGUUGCGGUCGGUGUCUGGCCCACCCAACACCUUGAUCAACAAUCACAACAUCAACAAAAACAUCAACAACAACAACAACGCGCGCUCCAAACCCGUCCUCCUGCCCUCGCGUCCUGCCGGCACUGUCAGAGACAUGGCGAGCAGGUUCGACCGGAGUGCCGUCCCGAGCCAUGAGCUGCCCCCGCUGACUCUGAACUUCGCCGACCGUGACCGAGACCGACGACCCUCUAUCCUACCACCCGGGAAGACGACGCCCAGAUCUCCUGUCAGUGCAUCGAGCGGAGAGGGCAAGGAACGGGUGAAAUUGCAGAAGAAGCGGCCGGCCCACGCCCACAAGGCACCGACCAAGUCGCCGGCGGAGGCCCCGUGCGAGGCAAACAGCUCCUUCUCCUCACUCUCCACGACACGAACCACGCGCAGUCAACCACACUCUGCUUUCAGUCCGAAGCAACGACCCACGUCACCGAGCAAACAGGCACGACCUCUCUUUGGCGAGAUCACAGCGGAUGGAAAGUGGAAUGGCAACUUCGAGCUAGGACAUUACGGACCGCUACCGACGUUCGAGAAGGCACCACGGCGAGGCAGUGAGAGCAGUCUGGCGCUGGGCCAUGGACGUUCACAGUCCCAUCAGGACAUUUCUAUGCCAUCACUAGGCCCUCCCUCGCUGUACAAGCUCAGUCAUAAGCGAAGUCGCAGUGAUAUGGAUAGUUUGCGGCCACAAGCUGUUCCCAGCAUGCCGGAUCUGGGUGCUCGAAUCAUCCCUACCGUCUAUCCAACACCACCCGACUCUGGCACGCGGACUUCGAGAUCGAGACCGCCUCCGGUCACUUCGCGAAUACCCAUCAGUAGCCGGCGAUCAACCGACUCGACUUCAUCUAUCAGUAACCCGCCAUAUUCGCGAUCCGCGUCUUCCAUGUCGAACCACCGCCGGAAGCCGUCCAAAUCUCCUACGCGGCCUAGCACUGCUCUAGGCAAAGAGAACAAUGCACCCGCUGCUCGAAGCCGUUACGUCCCAUCGCCUCUGCCCACCACGACCUCGAGACAAACCCUUUCCGCCAAGAUCGUCGCACCUCUCCCGACCUCUCCGCCGCUCCGAUCAUCACGGCCUAGGCAGCCCGUGAGCGCAGCGACCACCUCCGCGAGCCGCGCUCGAGCUGCAGAACGAUUCGUCAAUCCCAAUGCGAAUACUAGAGAUACGAGGCGACCCAGUGAACAAUGGCUCGGAAAACCAUACGAUGCUCAGCAAGUGCGAUCGCGAAGGAAAAUUCCAGAGCUGGACAAGGUGGACUUUGCAGAGCGCAGAGCGAGGAUACAAAAGGCCAUUACGGCGAGCUUGAAUUCCAACGAUUCCCAUGACAAUAUGCAGAGCUCUUCCCGUAGUCAGUCUCGGGGACAGACACGGAGUACUUCUCGAACGCAUGUACGGCCGGCAGGAAGUGCACCCGAAGCUGUGUCUGGUGCAGAGAGACGUCAAUUAUCGAAUAAUGGCGUUGCAGAUGGCGUUACGAAUGGGCACAUUCGCGGUUUAAGCGUGGAGACCGCCGAUGUACUAGCACCAUCUAGCACAGAGCCUGUCACUGCGCAGACAGAAAAGACCAUGUUCGAGGAGGAAAGCCCGGUUCUGGGACGGCUCGCUACGGAUACCGACUCAGCUCAACCACAACCACAAUCACCAAUGCAAACAAAAAUAACUCCGGUCUUGCUUGCACCUGCGUUCUACGAACCACUCAGCAGACCUGCAGCUCCGCCGGGUGCUAUCGACAUUGUUCAGGAUGCGCCUUCGGAUGCUGUGCAUAGUCCGAGUGUACUCGACAAUAUCAUGCGAAUGCGAGAGCGCAGUGGAUCCGAUGCGAGUGGAGCGGGCACUGAGUUUGCGGACGAUAGCCCGUCCGCGCAAGACAGCGCCAGUGAGGCAGACGAGAAGUGGGGACUUGGCAACGGUCCAGGUGCCGAUCAAGGCUCGAUACGUAUUAUGCUCGAUGAGGAACCAAAUUUCAAUAAACAUUUGGGGUCAUGGCCGAAAGAUGUGGAAAACGCACGCGAUUCCCACACGGAGGACGACGACGUCCUCCGCACGCAUGCUUACAACGAGCAGGCCUUUGCUGCCAUUGGAUUCCAGCAAUCCUCCAUCGAAGAUCUACACGCGUACCCGAGAGACGAGCAGGUGACCACCACUCCACGACGUCGACGCCCAUCGCGAGAUGAUCCUCUUCAGCCUGCUGCUCUGCAUCCAGACACGGCAGCUCUAGUUUCUGAGCAGGACACCACAGGCUCGGAUGGCACAAUUGCUCGUGUUCUGGAGUACUACCACAAUACGGGCUCGCUCACUCCAGACAUGUUACAAGAAAUGCAGCACCGUAUGGUCGAUCUGCAUCGCAUAUCUGCCAAUGGCGGAUCCAAUGGGAUCAUGAUACAAAGUUUGCUGGACAGCAUCAUGGAAAGCCAGUCGCCUGAGCAGCAGCGUACCCCAGAAAAGCAGAUGCUGCAGCCGGCUACCUAUGAGAUGCCACUCAUCACUCCCGACACCCCACCGAUGGCCGACGGGUUCGUGCCGGGCACAGUCAUUCUCUUUGGCAACGAGGCGCAGACACAGGAGGAGGAUGACUUUGCGGCCACGAUCCGCAAGGCGGAUGAAGCCUGGGAGCGACAGCGACGAGGUGAGGAUCCAUUCGCGCCUGAAGACGACGCCGUCGACGACGAGGAUAAGCCUCUGCCUCCGCCAAAGGACUUUGGCUAUACACCUCGGUCCAGCAUCGGCCCAGGUAGUGGGGCUUUCACCCCCAAUGCAUCGGAAUCUGGGCUCAGGUUGUCCACGAUAUCGAUUGGGGGAGGAGAUCUCGACUUGCACGACAUUCAUGCAGCGGGCGAUCGUGCCAACCUCAGAUCGUCCGUACAGGAUGUGGCAUCUCCAGAUUCUGCGAUUGCGCCUCCUCUACCUCCUCAUUCACCCCCGCCUGUGCCGGCAAGCACAGCACUCAAGCCCUCUUCGUUACCGGAUGUGACUGCAGCAACAAAGUACACUCCCGAGAGAGCCUCCAGUGAGCUAUCACCUCGAUUUCGUAAAAGCGCGUGGGGUCAGUCUAGCUCCAGACCCCCUUCGUCAAGACCUUCGAUGGACAGUCAACGAUACCCUGCCGGAGUUCCAGGAUCUCAAUCGUUGACAUCUUUCUCCGAGUCCACCAGGAUAGGCUCCAUAGACACGGGGGCUGAUAGUUCGGCGAAGCUGCCGAAGAGCGCAUCACCAGGCCCCGAACAGAAGCGUCUGCUCCGGCGUCGGCACAUCAUCAAGGAGCUGCUUGACACCGAGAACUCUUAUCAUCAGGAUCUGAAAAUUAUUGAGGACAUCUACAAGGCCACUUGCACGCCGGAGCUCGUGCUGCCCGAAGAUAAGAAAGUCCUGUUUGGCAACUGCGACGAGGUGGAGAGGUUCGCUCUGCAUUUCUACGAUGAAAUGCGCAAAGCUGCAUCGCAGGUGUACACUCCUCCCAAGCAGCACCGAUGGAUGAACAAGCGUUCAAGCUUCUCCACCACGCAAAGCGACGGCACACCCAAUAGCUUCGCGGAGCCUGUGGACAAUGAAAAGGACCAGACUACGACCAUUGGGCGCGCAUUCUUGAUGAACAUGUCGAGAAUGGAGGAAGUGUAUGGAACGUAUCUCAAGAACCAUGAUGCGGCCAACCAGCGGCUGUCGGCGGUGCAAAGCACGACUACUGUGAAAUGCUGGCUGGAUGAAUGCCAUGCUAAUGCUAGCGACAUCACAUCUGCCUGGGAUCUGGAUUCGUUGCUCGUCAAGCCCACGCAACGUGUGGCCAAGUAUCCGAUGCUCCUGCAGCAACUCCUGGAAGUCACGCCUGUUGGACAUCCUGAUCACCUGGAUUUGAAAGUUGCGUCCAGAGACUCGAUCGCCAUGUUGACACGAAUCAACGAUGCGAAGAAGCGUGCUGAUCUGGUUGACCAGAUUAUCAAUCCAGGAAAGCGGAAAGAAGUGGAUAUACGACACGGCCUCGCCAAAGCAUUCGGGCGCCGCACUGAAAAGCUCAAGGAGCGUGUCGGUAUCGCGGAGGCGUUUCAAGAUCCCGCAUUCGACGAUCUUGCACACAAAUUUGGAGGCCACUUCAUUCGACUCCAGAUAUGUAUGAGGGAUGUUCAGGACUACAUGCAUCGGACCGACAAGGCUAUUGAGCUGAUUAACAACUACGCAAAUGCGCUGGAGCUGUUCACUGACGUAUCACCGAGCUCGCUGCCGGAGGUCGAGAGCAAGUUCCGCAAAUACGGCCAGGUGAUCCGAGACCUGACUCUCAUCGCGUUUGGAGAGCACAAAGCCGACGUGCAGAAGCGGGUCCUUGCACCCAUGAUUCAAUGUAUCAAGCUGCACGAAGGACCGCAGAACGCAAUCAACAAACGCAAGAAGAAAAUUGUAGAUUAUGCCAAAUGCAAGUCGGAUGAACGGCGGGGCCAGAAGCCUGAUAAGAAGACCAUGGAAGCCUCUGACAUCUACCUUGCGCUCAACGAACAGCUCAAGAUCGAUCUGCCGAGACUGUAUCAGUUGACUGCCCAGUUGGUUCAGAAUUGUCUCCACUGCUUCAUUGACAUUCAAAUGAAGUGGCAGAGUACAUGGGAGAGGAAGCUGAAGCCGUUGCUGGAAGCUGCCGACAUCCCCAGUACCGUGCAGCAGAUUGAGCCUGCAUUCCUGCCUGACUUUGCCGAGAUUGAGAAGAGGAUCAACCAGCUAUCGAUCUGUAACGGUACGCUCAAGACCGAAGCAGCGAACUUCCUCUCUCCGCAAACCACGCUGGUCGACCCAUCGGAAACAGCGGCAAGCACUAGGCGGCCAUCGACUCUCGACGGCUCCAAGCGUACUCCGUCUAUUGGUAGCGAAUCAUCCUCUGCGGGCCCCAAUCACAGACGUCACAGUGGUAUUCAUUCUUCGCACUCGGAGAUCAAACUACCCGCCGAUUCGAGGGCACGCUCAAAUUCUGCCCUGGCAAGUCGUCAAGCACCGACUCACACGCCUGGAUCUACUUCCAACCGGCCCUGGUCGAACUCCGUUGCGAACACGCCCAACUCAUCCUUCUCUGCGACGAGGCCAGCAACUUCCGACUCGCCGUCCUUUUCAAGCUACUUUCCUCGUCAGAGUAACGAUGGCCAGCGUGUAAACCGACCAGCAUCCGAUGCUACGUAUCACUCCGCUCGACCUACUCCCGCAGAUGUGGAACAGCACCGGUUUUCCGGCCUGUUCAACUCUGCGUUGCCACCUGAUGUCACGAGUCCGGCACAAGAUGUCGUACCAUCACGCACGGCGCCCGCUGAUAUGCCCAUUUUGUUUGUGUGCGCAAGCUUGUUUGAAUUCAGCAUAGACAGAACGCGCAAAGAAGGCGGCUACCCCUAUUUACAGUAUGUGCAAGGCGAAGUUUUUGAUGUCAUGGCACAAAAGGGCGAGUUGUGGCUGGCGAAGAACCAGGAUGAUGCCAACAAUGAGCUCGGUUGGAUCUGGGAGCAGCACUUCAUCAUCCUCUCAGCGGAGAACUAGGCGUCUCUGUCGAAUAAGGUACAGAUGAAGAAGUGUGCACAACCAUUUGUGCACACUGACACAUCAACAGGACACACUUCCUUCUAAUCACAGUGGACGCGUUAAGAGCGAACUGGUUUUUCUUUCGAUUUGAUUACUACUACCGUCUGUCCUGUAUACACCUAGCGAGGGCGUUGGGCGGAAACAUCUCGGUGGUGGUGGCACGCUUGACGUGCUGUGCCCAUGAGCAAGCGAGGCGUUCGAUUCUUGUCGAAGAGUAACAGGGGUGCUGUUGCUGAUUCUACAGCUUUUUGAAUAGACAUAUUUUUGUUGUCUGCGCUGUACCAUAACUACGAAAGGACACUGUCCACAUGACUUUGCAAGGUGCUGGUCGCGGGCCCUUGUGUUGAUGAGAUGGCAGCUGAGUGAAAGGUUCCUCGGUGAUGGGCAUAUGUAUAGUAGUAGUAGAAGAAGAUGAAAACGAGGACGUAUCGUGAACG